AUGACGGCAAUGCCCUUCUUCACAAGUGUGGUCAGUAAUGGAGAUCAAUUACGACAGAACUCAGACCACCACCACCUUCUUGUCCGAACGACACACGUUUUCUUCCUCUCUGUCUCUUUCGCAUUCAAUUGCGCAGUCUCGAAUCUUGAUUCUAGAGCGCAGCGCCGCAGCGCCGGCGACCAUGGAAGACCCCAACGAUCCGGCGCCGCCGGACGUCCUCAGCGUCCUCGAGGCCCUCAAGAAGGCCUCCCACGACCUCCACUCCGACCCCAAGUCCUCCGCCGCCGCCGCCGCCCCGCCCGACUCCGGUUGCUCCCCGCCGUCAAGGCCCUCCUCGAGCUCGAGACCGAGUCCGACAGCCUCCUCUCCCGGGACCCCAACCUCUCCGCCCUCUCCGCCCACCUCUCCACCCUCCGCUCCCUCGUCUCCGCCCAGCCCAAGUCCCGCGGCCACGGCCUCGGCUCGUUCCUGGCCCGCCGGGCCUCCGCCCACUCCAUCUCCCGCGUCGCCGAGUCGAUCGAGUCCGAAAUCCAGGCGUGGAUCGACCGGGAGACCGUCGAGAAGCUGGUCGCGGGGCUCCGGGGGAAGGGGUGCGGGGACGAGGAGGAGCUGGUGCAGCUGCUGAGUCAGCUCGAGGCCCGAGUCCUGCGAGGGUUCGAAAGGGAACUGCAGGACUUGUUGCUGAGGUCGAGGCUCUUUGGGUUGCUGGAGACGGCUCUGUGUAAUCAAAAUUGCUCGAAGAGGAUCAGAGAGCACAUCGGUUUCGCAAUUGCGGCUCUGAUUCGGUUCAACAAGGACGUUUUCGUGGGCCAAGUGCUCAUGGGGGCGACAAUCCGGGCAUUGAUUACCAUGGCCUCUGCGCACUCCCUGAGGGUGCUCUGUUCCCUCAUCAAAUCGAUCAAGUCCCCGCUCGUCGACGAGAUCGAAUCGAACGGCCAAAUACCGAAAAUCAUAAAUUUCCUCAGCCACGAGGACCUGCAGGUCAAGGUGGUGGUCAUGGACUGCAUUCUCGAGAUUGGGUACUUUGGGCGGAAGGAGGCCAUCGAGGCCAUGAUCGAAGAAGGGCUAGUCAAGAAGCUCGUGGAGUUGCAGAGAUCGGAGUUGGGUGGCGAUUUGAUUGAUUUGGGAAGGUUCGAGGAGAGCGAGAUCGAGACCGAGAGCGUGACCAAUGCGGGCAAGAGCAAGACCAGGAGGUUCUUGGAGAGCCACCCGUUUGCGAGCUGUGUGGCUAGGUUCGCGGUCCAGCUCGAGGUCGGCGAAGGGCUGAGGGGCAGAGAGAAGAGGGCGUUCAAGCAGGAGAUACUGGCGAGAGUGAGGGAGGCGUCGGCAAACGAUGCCGAGGCCGCCACCAUUGUCGCCGAGGUCUUGUGGGGCUCUUCACCUUGAACAAAGGACAAGAUGUUUGUGGUGGUGUUCUUUAAGGAGGAGAGCAAGAAAGGUAAUUGAGGGGGUGCUCUGUGAUUCCAUGUUCGGUAGGGGUUAUGGCUCUUGUCUCGUGUCUUUGCCGCCGCCGCAGCCGCCGCAACCCCCACAUCUCGGCGCUGCAUGCUGCCGCCGGCAGCGGCGGCAGCGGCGUUGUAAUUAAUGUCUAUGGGUUCAGGUGGUGUAUAGGGGAAAGGGAAAUAGUUCAAUGGAUUCAAUCUUUAGUUAAAAAUUCAUACUUGGGGAAAACCCAAGAUUUGAUUUUUUUUUAAUUCAGGAGCAGUGACGAUCUAAUUUUCUUAA